CGGGCAGCUCCUGCGGACCGUUGGGCGGCCGGCCGAAGUCCCUCCCUCAGGACCUCCCCCCACCCCUGAACCGCUCUCGCGGCAGCGACCCAUGUGGGAGUUCAGGCUCCUGCGGUCGCCGCCGCCGCUGCUGCUCUUCCUGCCGCAGCUCAGCCUCGGAAUCGCCGCGUCCCGCUCGCAGGCCGAAACCAUGAACCGGGGCGGCGGCAGCGGUGCGCGAUGCUCCCCCUUGGCGGAGGGGCGCCGGCCGCAGUGCCUGCAGCUGUCCACGGUGCCGGGAGCUGACCCGCAGCGCAGCAACGAGUUGCUCCUGCUGGUGGCGGAGACGGCGGGGGAGGGACCGGAACGGCGGGCCCUCUCUGGGGACCCGGCGAAGGAGGAGCCGCAGUCAGCGCCCCAGCAUCACGUUCUCUAUUUCCCUGGGGAUGUGCAGAAUUACCAUGAAAUUAUGACUCGUCAUCCUGAGAAUUAUCAGUGGGAAAACUGGAGUCUAGAAAAUGUUGCCACCAUUUUAGCUCACCGGUUCCCCAAUAGUUAUAUUUGGGUGAUAAAGUGUUCCCGAAUGCAUUUGCACAAAUUCAGCUGCUAUGACAAUUUUGUGAAAAGUAAUAUGUUUGGUGCUCCAGAACACAAUACUGACUUUGGAGCUUUUAAGCACCUUUAUAUGUUAUUAGUUAAUGCUUUUAACUUAAGUCAGAACAGUUUGUUAUCAAAGAAGAAUGUGAAAGAUUUGAAUAAGGACUCCAAAGCAUCUAAUUGUAGAUCCAGUUCUUCUCACACUACUAAUGGUUGCCAGGGAGAAAAAGAGAGGACCUGUGAAAAAUUUGGUGAGUCCACCAUGCGUUUUUACCCACCAUCACUGAAUGGUGCUUCUUUUACUUUGAUUGGAUUCAGUAAAGGUUGUGUUGUUUUGAAUCAAUUGCUUUUUGAAUUAAAAGAAGCCAAGAAAGACAAGAACAUAGAUGCUUUUAUCAAAAGCAUAAGAACAAUGUACUGGCUGGAUGGCGGUCAUUCUGGAGGAAGCAAUACUUGGGUUACCUAUCCAGAGGUCUUGAAAGAAUUUGCACAAACAGGGAUUAUUGUUCAUACCCAUGUAACACCUUACCAAGUAUGUGAUCCAAUGAGAUCUUGGAUUGGAAAGGAGCACAAGAAAUUUGUUCAGAUUCUUGGAGAUUUUGGUAUGCAGGUGACUAGCCAAAUUCAUUUUGCAAAGGAAGCUCCUUCCAUAGAGAAUCACUUUAGGGUUCAUGAAGUAUUUUGAGACUACAAGAAUAUUAAUGUACUUGUUCAGUGGAAGGGCAGAAGCACUUUGAGUGUUAUAAAUUCAGAUAAUGAGAUAUAAUUCAUAGAUACAUUGUCAGUUUUGGGGGGGCGGGGGGAAGAAGCACACAUUCCUAAAAUGAGUGUAAUGUGCAAUAGUAUUCCUUGCUUGUGAAUGUGAACAGUUUUUACUUUGGAUGGGGUUAGAAUUAGUUCAGUUGAAAAGUAAAAGAUGGUUUGUGAUAAUUCUAUAAGGAGAUUCAAGACCCUUAAGAAUGAAAGUUAUGAUAUAGUCCUUAUAAAAGGUAAUGAAAAUUGUUAUUGUUGGAAAUAGUUUAUUUUCUGAGUAUUAUUUGGAACUAAUUUUGGUGACACUAACAGUAAUUAGCUAUUUGGCACUCAAAACUCCAUUUCUCUUCAAAUAAAGCAAAGGCACACUGAUGUUUUCCAUAAUUUUGGAAUAACUGUACCCUGCCUCUUAUGUUUUGUAAAUUCAUAGUCAUUCUUUAAUGUGCCACCAAGUGUUUUUUUCUUAAUAGUCAAAAUAUAUUUGUUUCCAAAUUUCCAAGAACAUGCAGUAGUGUGCAGUUGGUUUUUAAAAUCAUUACACUUAAGCACUAUGACUUAAUUUUUAAUUGAUGACUUUUAGAUAAGAUAUUUUGGAGUUUCUUGACUCUUGGCCAAAAACCAGAUCUUUUAGAAAAUUGUUUUAAAUUGAAUGUAAUUAGGUAUAUUGGGUAAAAAUAUGCUACAGAUUUUCAUCAUAUUGGUCUUUUGAAAGAGAUCAACUUAGGUGAAAUAAAUGUGUAACACUCUAUUUGUUACUACUCUAUUGAAAAGGAGACAGAUUCUAUAGAUCUAAGUCAGUGUUUCUCCAGAAGCAUGAUUUUGUCUGCCAAAAGAAAGCAGCUCUCUUUGGCCAAAAUGCAAAAUUAUAUUGCUAUAAGAAAAGUUACAGGGAAAGUUUGAAGACACAAAUGAUUUAAUUUUGGCUCAAAAACUGAAUUUGCUUAACACUGCUACAUAAUUUGGGUGAGGUUUCCUUCUGCUUGUUUUUCUUGACCUAGAUAAAUACAUUUUGAGAAACCAAGAUCUAAUGAAUGUCAACCAACAUUGAUAGCUGUGUGAUUACAAUAAAAGGUGAAGUCACUUUUUUAUUGUUUAUUAAUAAUUAGCUUUUGCAGGUCAUGAAAUAAUUAAGCAGGGAAGUAACAUUGCUGCUUUCAGACUGAAAAAAAAAAAGACACUGAAGCUUAAUAUCUUAAUAACCCAGAGGACCUAAAUUUAUAAAAUACAGAAUUAAAUGUUAAUCUCUUGGUUUCUUCCCAGAAUUACAUUUUAAUGACUUUAUAAUACAUUCCACAUAUUCAGACUUAUAGGAAUUCUUACUCACCAAAUGCUUAAAAAUAACAUCCCUUAAUUUUAUAAAGUACAGAAGAGUAUCUCAUUUUUUCUUUUAAGGACAAGUUAGUUUAUAUUGCUUCAGUUUCUUUAAAUACCUGUUUCUUUUGAGACCAAAAAUUCUCAACAAGGAGACAAGUCCUGAUUCUAGCAUUUUAUUACCUAAUCUUGAAGUAUUAUGAUUGGAUGGCUUCUUUCAGUUUAGUAAUCCUUGGUUAAAUUCAUGUGUAUCUAAUGUUAAGUAGUGAAGGUAGUGAAUACACUAAUGAGGGGGGAAGGAAAGGCACUUAUUUUUACAAGAUUAAAAUGGAAAAAGGACUUUUUGCAGAAAGAUUCAUUUAAAAAAUGAGAUAUUUAAAAAUCUGGGUUCUUUAUCUAGUCAUGUGACUGCUUACCUUGGAAUUGUUGUAUGUUCAAUGUAUAAUAAAAAUAACUCAUGGAACACCUGGGAACUGCCACUGCAGCAAAGUGAGAGUGUUGAAAGUAGAAAUAUUUUUUUGAAUGAAAAUAUAUUGCAGUUGAUCCAUAUUCAAAUAGUUUAAGACUUCAAAUUUGUCUUCUCUACAUUUGUUUAAAACUAUUGUAAAUGUUAGUGUAUCCUUUUGGACUGUGCCUUUGUGUUUGUCAUGAGAGUGAACUGAGAAGUCAUACAGAUAAUGUGAAAGUUGUUACCGCCACAGCAUGAAUGUACAAUCAUAUUAAAUUUAAUCCAGAGCAGUCUGUUUGGUUGUGCUUUAUGUUACCAGAUUUGUUAUCAGAUUGUUACUUGGGAGGAAGCUACUUUUCACUUUGCUGGUUUAGGUUUCUAUAUGUUUUCAUUAACUCUCCAUGUUCCUUCAUAUGAGCAACUUUGAACCUUGUAAGAAUACAUUUCCUUUUCAUUUACAUUUCACCUUUAAAUUGCCCCACAAAAAUUUGCUUUAUUUCCAUUUCUUCUGUUAAAUUUCUUGGAGAAAAAAAUCGCUCAAAAAUAAGUUUUUCCUUUUAUGUGCUAAUCAUUUCAGGUAUCUGUAUUCCUUUUGCUGUCAUUAAGAGACUUAGAAUAUGGUGUGAUCUGUUUUUCAUUUCACUCAUAGAAUAUCUAAGCACCCAUCAAGGGCAGGAAAGAUCUAGGCAGAGACAAAACAGUCCCAAGCAUUUGAGUAUAGAAAUGUGUAACAGACCAAGGCUUCAAAGUGAAAAUAGGAAACAAAAGGUAGUAUUCUUAAAAGAACUAUUCUGUUAGACUUCAUUAAGGACCUUUAAGAAAAACAUGUUUUAGAGGAUAAGAUAUAUAUGUAGAUAGACCCCAUCUGUAAAUCAGGUUGGUCUUUACAAAGGCAGAGAGGCCGAGCAGCUCUUAGUGGUAGAGACAGGCACUCACUCAGGAUGUCAUUUUAGUAUCCCAUUUAAUGGAACUUUAAAAAAAUAGAAUACAACUUAGGUGUAUUUAAAACACCCCAAUAGUCGUGGCCUGUAUGCUUGAAACAAGACUUGAAGGUAAUAGCAGGGGUAUGUGGGAGACUGCCACUCUGCAUUAGCUCCUCCUCACUACAUGUGUUUCUUAGCACUGGAGGAAGGAGUCACAGCAGAACAGCUCCAACUCCAUCCAGACCUGCACUCCAGCUUCCUGCGGUGGCUGGGGGGGGGGAGGGGUGGUUUGUUUUGUUUCUUGUCAACUUCUUAGAUGCCUGUUGGCAACUUUAGAUAGGUGAGAGAAAAGCCUCCCUACUAAGGUUCUUCCAAAUGUUCACAUUGCUGCUGUUCAAAAAGAUGGAAAGAUACAAAAUAAGCCUUGUUGACUUUAUUUCCCUUUUAAAAAAUAUUUUGAGUGACAAGUUUUAAUUACUGAAUAAAUAGAAUUCCAAUGUAAUUAUGUGCCAAGACAAACACCGUUAAUGUUCACAAAAAACUAGUAUUUAUAGUCUACACAUGUAUUUUAAAAAGUUAUUUUGAAAGAGCGAUACAUAGGGGGGCAAAAAAAAAGGUCAAAUAAUACACAACUGCAGAUUCCAGACUGCCCACCUAACUUGUCUACUAGCUUCUCAGAGGCAAUCACUACUACUGGUUUCUUGUGUAUCCCAGCAGAGAUAAUUCUAUGCAUAUACAAAUGUUUACUUUCAGAAUACCUUUGUUUUACACAAAUGGCAGCAUACUAUACCCAUAGUUUCCAACCCUUUCCUCGUUUAAUUACCUUGGAAAAAUUUCUUGCUAGUACUACAAUACCUCUGUCUCGUUCUUGUGCUGCAUAGUAUUCCAUUUUUAUUUUACCCUCUGCUCGCUACUUGUUCAUUAAUUUUAUUUUGUAUCCCUUUGUCUUACUCUGUAUCUUUUGUCCGUGUGGUACAGUGAGUUGUUUUGCUGACAGAGGAAAAAAAUUCCUUUGUGAAUCAGGUCAAGCCCCCAAACUGUAGCCAAAGAACAACAAAGAGAUGAGCUGCACCUAAGGGAGAAAGCAUGGAGAAUGAUCUGGUCACAACUGUUAAUUCCUGUUCUGUCACCCAGCUGUGUAAGCCUGGACAAUCACUUAAGCAAUAUGGAUUGAUAAAAUGAUUUCUAAGAUUCCUUUCAGCAAUAAAGUUCGAAGAUUUGCAACUUCCUGAGAAGAUGCAGCUACCACAUUCUGUUUAAUAUUUUAUACAUUCACAACAUCUCAUUUGGUCUCAGGUCAGCAAAAAAGAUAAAAAUAUUUUGCAUUUAAAGUAAACACUCUAACAUUAAAGAUUAUGACCAAGGAAAUAAUUUGAAAACUUCCCAAAGGGUUCACUUCUAGUUUUCUAGAUACUAUAAUACUGCAACAAGAGCCAUCUCAAAUCUGAAAGCUAGCAUCAGCCAUCAACUGUCCUUGCCCUGAAUUAUCUCUUUGUAUUUUUGCAGCAACCCUAAAAAAAUACAAGCUUAAAGAUGAGGAAAAUAAGCUUCAUAAAGAUUAAGUUAACUCACCUAAGGUCAUCCAGUUUGCUUCCCAAAUAAACUGAAUUAAAAUGAAUAUUCAUGGGAAGAUUAUAAUCUCAGUUUUACUUCCAAGUUUUCUACAUGACUCUGGGUAUAUACUUUGCACUGAUUCUCUCACUGGUUUUUAAAAAAAGAAACAAAACCAAGGAAGGUUUAUUUAAAAGCUGACUAUAAGUACUGUUCAAACUAACAAAAGUUUUUGUCUUAUUUUUCUUCCCAAAGGAAAAGGAAUCAUUGAAGAAUUUCUUUGCUUAAUCUAAGAAGUAACCAAAAAUGAAAAAAAAAUCUAAUAAUUAAAUCUGGCUAAUGUAACAAUUCCUUUUCUAACAGACCAUCUUUUCACUUUUGUUGACCUGAGUAACUUCAAUAUCUCUUCCUAAAGACACCUAGGAAGUUCAGAAUAAUUUUUUAUAUAUUUUCCUUUCUUAUUUAUUAUAAUCUGCUUUUUAUACCUGAAACUAAUCCAACUCCAAACACAGGAUAUGAAUGGAUAAAUUAUUUUAAAAGAGAAAAUUAUUUUCUCCAUAAUUAAAAUGCACCAACUUGAUGCACUCAGAUUACUUUAGAUGAGCACAUUUGUAUUCAGCAAAUAUAUCUGGUCUUUCUUCAAUGACAUUGCAAUUGAAUUACUAGGUGCAAAACAAAGAAUGGCACAGAUCCACACACAAUGGCUCAUUGUCUUCAAUGAUGACAACAUUAUUGGGAUCUCUCCUGUAUUUGUUCUUAAAAAAAAAAUAAUUUUUCUCUCUAAAAAGGACAGGUGGAAAAGCAUUUAGUGGGGAAAACUAAUUGGGUUGAAGUUUAGCUGUAGGUGUAAAUUAAAGCUAAAACAGAUUUGAAUAUUUUCUGACAUUGAAAAACUGAAAAAAGGCAGGCCUGACUUAUAUUGAGUGCCAAGAAAAACCAGGAUCAGAUUAAGCAUGUUUUAGAUGAAUCACAAAACUAAUAAUCCAAACUACUAUCAUCUGGUCCAACUGUUCUCAAUCCUGAUUAUACAUCAAAACAACCUAUGAAGUUUACCAAAUAUACUGUACCAAACCCCAAACAUACUAAAUCAAAAUCUACAAAGUUGGGGCCUAGACAUGUGUUUUAAAAAAGCUCAAAAGGGGGCGCCUGGGUGGCUCAGUUGGUUAAGCAGCUGCCUUCGGCUCAGGUCAUGAUCCCAGGGUCCUGGGAUGGAGCUCCAUGUCAGGCUCUCUGCUCAGCGGGGAGCCUGCUUCUCCCUCUGCCUGCCGCUCCCCCUGCUUGUGCUCGCUCUCCAUCAAAUAAAUGAGUAAAAAAUUAAAAAUAAAAAUCUCAAAAGAUAAAUGUAGUAGAUAUUGUUGGUUGCUCACCAUUUUUCCUAGUCUGAAUCCUGAUUUUAAAAAAAUUAUCCAUGCUGUCCCCAUAUAUACCCCAUGUGCCUCAGAGAAAGAGGAUUCCAAGCUCCAGGAGACCCAACUGGCCUAUGGGUUAUUCCAUACCCUUUCCCAGUGACUGCCUCAGAGAUGGACAGGUCUAAGCUACUUUAAAUCAAUGAGACCCAAGGAUUUGGUGGCAAAUCCUGGGAAAGCUUUUGCAUAUUAAGAGAAGGCCCUUGGAAUCCAGCCUGACUCCUCCACUGCAUGUAAAUGAAGAUGAACAUGGCUCAAAUUGCUACUGGCAAUCAUCCCAUGACCAGGAGGGUAGCCAGCCUUAGGAUGAUGCCAAUGCCGCAGUUGAAAAUGGGAGAAAAAAACCCUAGAGGCUCUUGGUGACACUACUGAAUCACUGGAUCAGAAAUACUAAAGCCCAUUCUAUCAGCAGACUUCAUGAUAAUGAUUCAAUACAUUUUAUUAAGUCCUUUUAAGUUGGAUUUUUAGUUACUUGCAUCUGAAAGCUAGAGU